CUCGGCGGAGGUGGAGUGGCACGCUCGCCGGCCUGGACUCUCUGGCUCUCGAUAAACAGACUCUGCAUCGGACUCUGCUCGCACAGCGCAUAGUUGUAGCACCAGACUCUGUUCGUGCGCGGCUCGACCGCAUCACUGUUGCGCGUGUGCUUGUGUUUUUUUGCCGGUCGGGUGCGGACUGCGCUCGUCGUCGUCGUCAUCCCACGCACGGAACCGUCUGACAGAAGCCACGACGAUGCAGCAGCCGCCGCAGCAGUUCUGCUUGCGCUGGAAUAAUUACCAGAGCAACCUGACCAACGUCUUCGACCAGUUGCUGCAAAGCGAGUCGUUCGUGGACGUGACGCUGGCCUGCGAGGGACACAGCGUCAAGGCGCACAAGAUGGUGUUGUCGGCUUGCAGCCCGUACUUCCAGGCGCUCUUCUUCGACAACCCCUGUCAGCACCCCAUCGUCAUCCUGAAGGACAUCAAGUGGCCCGAACUGAAAGCCGCCGUCGAAUUCAUGUACAAGGGCGAGAUCAACGUGUCGCAAGAGCAGAUAGGCCCACUGCUCAAAGUGGCAGAGUCGCUCAAGAUCCGCGGCCUGGCGGACGUGGGCAGCGGCGGCGGCGGCGGCGGCGGUGGCGGCGGAGGCGGCGGCGGGGGCGGAGGCAGCUCUGGAAGCUGCGAACCGGAGGCGAACGGCGGCGACGCGCCGGGCGGCGCCGGUUCGGUAUCUCCGUCCUCGACGCCGCAGCCGCCGGCGACGCCGACGUCGCUGGCGCACGCGGCCGCCUGCAAGAAGCCGUGGGACCUGUCCGCCGAAGGCUGCCUGGCGUCCUCGCCGGGGCAGCGCGGCGCGCACACGCACCCGACGCAGGCCAAGAAGCGGCGGCGGACGUCGGCCGGCGAGCGCAGCUCCGUGUCCAGCCCCGAGGACAGCCCGUCGACGCCGGCGGUGGUGGCGGCCGCCGAGCUUCUAGACGACGUGCCACUCCCCCCGCAGGCGCAGCCGCAGGCGCCGGCCCAGCAGCCGCUGGCGCCGCAGCAGCCGCCCCCGCAGCCGCCGCAGCAGCAGCAGCCGCCGCCCCCCGGCCCCACGCUGGGGCCAGAGCCGGGGCUGCCGCUGCCGCCCCCGCCGCCGCCGCCACAGGCGCAGACCGCCCCGCACCCCGAGGACCUCGAGAUCAAGCCCGGCAUCGCUGAGAUGAUACGCGAGGAGGAGCGGGUAAGUGCGGAUGAUGAUACCGAGGACUCGAAGUACGGAGCGCCGGAGGACUUCGCGAAGCUGCUGGAGUCUUCUCACGCCUGGCUCGGCGCCUCCACGUCGUCCAUUGCCGGAUGGUCACGGUCCGGUGGACAGUACUCAGCAGACAGCUACCAGUACCAGCUGCAGUCGAUGUGGCAGAAGUGCUGGAACACGAACCAGAGCCUGGUGCACAACCUGCGCUUCCGCGAGCGCGGGCCGCUCAAGUCGUGGCGACCCGAGACCAUGGCCGAGGCCAUCUUCUCCGUGCUGCGCGAGGGGCUGUCGCUGUCGCAGGCGGCGCGCAAGUACGACAUCCCCUACCCGACGUUCGUGCUCUACGCCAACCGCGUGCACAACAUGCUCGGACCUUCCACCGAUGGCGGAGCAGAUUUGCGCCCUAAAGGAAGGGGCCGCCCGCAGCGCAUACUGCUUGGAUCCUGGCCAGAGGAACACAUUCAUGGCGUCAUACGGGCUGUUGUCUUCCGUGACACGCAGCACAUCAAAGAUGACUCGCACCUUGCGUACCCUCGCCUGGCAUCUCACACACAGGCAAGAAGGAGCCCUCUGCCAACAAAUCUUGUGUCACGCUAUGUUUCGUCACCCCUUGCUGUUGGUGGCUUCUCCCAGCACAUAAAAGAGGACCCGGAUUUAACCUAUUCACACUUAGCACAAAUGCAGGAGACCCUACAAGGCUAUGGUACCGGUACAGAAAGUGGUCCAUCUUGCACAAAUGGGCCAGAAACAACUAUGUCACCCGGAGUAGCAGCGGCCGCAGCUGUGGCCGUGAUGGCGCAAGGCCUGCGGCAGCAGAUGUGCUCUGUCGGAGCAACAGAUGCCACUGUCGCCGGCCUGGCAGGGAGCCUGGGGCUGUGCCUCCCUCCUCCACACACCCACUCACACCCGGCCACUUCCAACGGAGGAGCCAGUCCAGCAGUCUCUGGUUCACCUAGCCCACCUGCUGUUCCGUCUCCACUCGCUUCUGUCGGCUUGGGUGGUGGAAUGCCAUACAAGCCACCACCGAGUUUUGCUUCCCCACGUCCUGAGACCCUCUUCCAGGAGGACAUUGAAGAGAUAGUGAAGAGUCCCAAUGUUGGCAGCUCUCCACAGAAUCUUGUCAAAGAAACAAAGGAAACUACUCCAGUGCCUGUCAAGCUUGAAUCUUCAGUGGAGGCACAAGAUGAGUGAAGCUCUGUCAAAUUUUUGGACUUGUGGUACCACUGUGUAGAAGGGUAGAUCUAGUAAAACAUCUAGAUUACUGUGUGUAUUACAGUUAACGUUUUUUAAAAGUAUAAGACCGUUUUCUAGCCAAAAAUGGUGAGGUCCAUCAAAGACUAUUGUGGUAGCUAUAGAAUAUGGUGACAAAGAAAACACAAACCUUCCAAAAAGUAUUUAUAGAAUAUUUAAUUUUCAGAGUCCUGGUUUAUGGAUUAAAGUAGAACAACAAUUUGAGUAAUAUAUCUGUAGUAGAAAUGUUAUAUAUGACAUUAGUUCCCCACCCAACAAUACUUGAUAAGCAUUUCAUAUCAUUUCACAGUAUUGUAUUGGAACAAUUUUAUGUUUUCAAGGGUGUUAAAUAAAUGAAUAAAGCUGUAUCUGUUUAAAAUAUGUAUCAUUGUUUUGUUAGCACUUGACCAGCAGUUAGAUUGGCAGUCAGCUCGCGUGAUGGGUGUAAUAUUUCCUUCUCACAAGUACAUACUGAUGCAAUAGUACAGUUAUGUAGUUACAGGUGUAAUCAUUGAAAUAAUAUAAUAUUACUUUCACAUAUAUAUCACGUAGUGCUGAAAUCCUUAAGUGUCUGUUUAGGAUAAGUAACAAUAGCUUGACAAAUGCACCCAAUCACGCGGGGAUUGCUUCUGUAAUCCCACUUUCUCCUUCAGCACAAAAAAAAAAAAAAAAAAAACUGAGAGGCUUCCAUUGUUUCCAGUACAAACGCAACACA